UAUGAAUUCCCUUAGCGGGUUGUAUCAUCAAAGAAAGGAUAAAUUCCUAUCUCUGGUAAGACCACCCAUGAGGGUUAUUCAACUCAUUUCUCCGUCAACGCCAUUUGAGGUAGAUGCUCACCAUGAAUGACCCUAACAAAGCCUCUACCCUCGGCCUAUUUCACACCCUAACAAACAUUUGUCACAACAUUUAAGGAGAAGGCGGCUGCAUAUACAAUCACAAAAGCCCUAUAAAUAUGACUUCUCAGUUCUCUCCAUCCAUGUAAAAGCCACAGCAAGCAACUUUUUGACAUGCCAUACUGAGACGAUCGACCCAAUGGUGAAGAGGCAUGAAGCUGCCUUCAAUCUUCAGAAGCAGAGAAACUAAAACUUCAUGGAAAUGGUUACCUCUUCAUGGAGACGACCCAAUGGUGAAGAGGCUGAAGCUGCCUUCAAUCUUCAGAAGCAGAAAGACUAAAGCUUCAUGGAAAUGGUUACCUUUUCAGCACCUCAAAUCCAUAUCAUCAUUCCGAUACAAAGACAGCAUGAUGCAGCUAGACUCAUCAUGCUCACAGGCUGCAGUGGUGGAUGAAUCUGGUGGCGAGUUGAUAGAGAUGGCAGUAAAGGCACUGACAUCAAAGAGGUUGUCUUUUGAGCCAGGGGAGUCGAGCUCAUUAAUGGGAGAAAGAGGGUUCUCAUUUCAGGAGUAUGCGGUGCAAGCUAUAGAAUCCAACGACCCAUAUAUUGAUUUCAGGAACUCUAUGGAGGAAAUGGUUGAGGCUUAUGGAUUGAUGGCAGGAAAAAAGGACUGGGAUUACCUAGAGGAGCUAUUGGCGUGGUAUUUGAGGAUGAAUAGGAAGAAAAACCAUGGGUUUAUUGUCGAGGCCUUCAUUGACGUCUUUGCUGGCCUUCCUUCUUGUUCUUCUUUCUGUUCUUUUUAUUAAUUAUAGUGCUUAUAAUUCGGAUUCGUCGUCAAAAUCGAAGGACUGGUGGGAGAUUGAGCUUGAAAGCAUUCCUUCAUGUGUAGAGAAGGGAAAAUAUCGUAAAUAUUCGUGAAUAAACAAUUCAUCGAUCCAUGCAUGUAUCUGUAAAUUUGGUCAAG